AUGUAAGGCACUCCCUACAACACAUUUUCAACAGAUAUUUAUAAGAUGAUCUCCCAAGCUGAUCUUCCUUUUCUUCUUUCUUAAGGGAGACCCUGCCUGCUGUGUAGCCAUGCCCAUGGGAAAUUGGAGCACGGUGACUGAAUUCACCCUGAUCGCCUUUCCCACUCUCCUGGAGCUUCGAAUACUCCUCUUUGUGGUUCUUUUGCUGACGUACACACUAACAGCAAUAGGAAACAUUGUCAUCAUCUUCCUAAUAUGGACUGAUAAUCACCUGCAAACCCCAAUGUACAUUUUCCUCAGUAAUCUGUCUUUUCUGGAUAUUUUAUACACCACUGUCGUUACACCAAAGUUGCUAGCCUGCCUCCUAGGAGAGAAGAAAACCAUAUCCUUUGCUGGCUGUAUCACUCAAACAUAUUUCUACUUCUUUCUGGGGACAGUGGAGUUUAUCCUCCUAGCAGUGAUGUCCUUUGACCGCUACGUGGCCAUCUGUAACCCCCUGCGCUAUACCAUCAUCAUGAACAGCAGGACCUGCCUCCUGCUGGUUCUGAGCUGCUGGGUAGGAGCCUUCCUGUCUGUGUUGGUACCAACCAUUGUAGUGACAAGGCUACCUUACUGUGGAAAAGAAAUCAAUCAUUUUUUCUGUGACAUUGCCCCUCUUCUGCAGGUGGCCUGUGUAGAUACUCACCUCAUUGAGCAGAUCAACUUCCUCCUAUCUGCCCUUGUCAUCCUGAGCUCCCUGGCAUUCACUACUGCGUCCUAUACCUACAUCAUCUCUACCAUCCUGUGCAUCCCCUCGGCCCAAGGCCGUCAAAAGGCUUUUUCUACCUGUGCUUCUCAUAUCACGGUCAUUGCCAUUGCUUACGGGAGCAAUAUCUUUGUGUAUGUGAGACCCAAUCAGAACUAUUCCCUGAAUUUUGACAAGGUAGCUGCUGUCCUCAUUACAGUGGUGACCCCUCUCCUGAAUCCUUUUAUUUAUAGUUUGAGAAAUGAAAAGGUGAAAGAAGUAUUGAGAGAGACAAUAAACAGAAUCAUGUCCUUGAUACUAAGGAUAACCGGACAUUAGUGCUUAGUACAUCACACAUUUCUUAUCUGCAACACAUUCAUUCUGCACGAGUACUGUGCCAUGUUGACAUUCCAGAAACGUGAGACGGGGUCAACAGGAUGAACAA